ACACUGCACGGGUCAUCGAUAUUUUUAAACCGCUGAUGUCACUGAUGGGUAGAGCCUAUCGAUAGGUCGAUAGACGGGGCUGUUUAUUUUACGCAAAAAAAAAAAACAGGGAACAUAAACAAAUGAAAAUUAACCACAAAUAUGAGUUUGACGACGAUGUGGCCUCCAUUUGCGAGUCGACGGCCGCCCUCACCGAGGGAUGUCGUCUGCCCGUCAGGAUGCACAAAACUGACGACUGGCCGCUGGCGGAGAUUGUGAGCAUCAAGGAGCUGGACGGCCGGCGGCAGUUCUACGUGCACUAUGUGGACUUCAACAAGCGAUUGGAUGAGUGGGUCAACGAGGAGGAUCUGUACACGCGAAAGGUGCAAUUCCCGCGGAGGGAUGGCUCCCAGACGGGCACCAGCACCGGGGUGACCACCCCGCAGCGCCACCAUUCCCUCGCCGGCAGCGUCUCCCGCCCCACAUCCCCGCAACAUCCCGGUUCCGCCAGCUUGCCGGGCAUUCCCUCCACUCCGAGUGCUCCCACGGGCAGUGCUCCGCCUCCCGCUGCUCCUGCCACCCCGGUGCCUCCUCCCGGGACGCCCAGCAGCGGCGGGGAGCUGGUGAAUGGCAACAAUCUGGCAGCAGCCCUGCAGAAACGCAUCAAUCGCAAGCGAAAGGUGCAUGGUGGGUCGGCCCAUGGCCACCACAGCCUGCAGGCGCAGCAGCAGGCGCCGCCUCCCCAUCCGCCACAUCCCAGCACGCCACAGACGCCCACAGCCACGCCGGUGCAUGUAACAGGCGAUGGACUAAUCAGUGGAACGCCGGCCAAUGAGGAUGGCGAUGGAUCGCAGGAUGGGAAGACGCCGACGCCGCGGCAAUCGGGCAGCAUGGUGACGCACCAGGACGACGUGGUGACGCGCAUGAAGAACGUGGAGAUGAUCGAGCUGGGCAGGCAUCGCAUUAAGCCCUGGUACUUCUCGCCAUAUCCGCAGGAGCUGUGCCAAAUGUCGUGCAUCUACAUCUGCGAGUUCUGCCUGAAGUAUAGGAAGAGCAGGAAGUGCCUGGAGCGGCACCUGUCCAAGUGCAAUCUGCGGCAUCCGCCGGGUAAUGAGAUCUACCGGAAGCACACCAUCUCCUUCUUCGAGAUCGACGGGCGCAAGAACAAGGUGUAUGCGCAGAACCUGUGCCUGCUGGCCAAGCUCUUUCUGGACCACAAGACGCUCUACUACGACACAGAUCCGUUUCUGUUCUACGUUAUGACCGAGUUCGAUUCGCGCGGCUUCCACAUUGUGGGCUACUUCUCGAAGGAGAAGGAGAGCACCGAGGACUACAACGUGGCCUGCAUCCUCACCAUGCCGCCGUAUCAGCGCAAGGGCUACGGCAAGCUGCUCAUCGAGUUCAGCUACGAGCUGUCCAAGUUCGAGGGCAAGACGGGCUCGCCGGAGAAGCCGCUCUCGGAUUUGGGGCUGCUCUCGUAUCGCUCCUACUGGGCGCAGACCAUACUGGAGAUCUUCAUCAGCCAGAAUCCGAGCACGGACGGCGAGAAGCCCACGAUAACGAUUAACGACAUUUGCGAAUGCACGUCCAUCAAGAAGGAGGACGUCAUCUCCACGCUACAGAACCUGAACCUAAUCAACUACUACAAGGGCCAGUACAUCGUGUGCAUCAAUCGGGACACCAUCGAGCAGCACCGGCGGGCGAUGGACAAGCGCAAGAUUCGCAUCGACUCCAAGUGCCUCCACUGGACGCCCAAAGACUGGUCCAAGCGCUCCAAAUGAUUAACACCUCAUCGCUUGGACUCCUCAUUCGCAAUUCUCCGUUCUUAAUGUUAUCAAUUAUUUUAUAUUCUACAAAUAUAUAUACACUUUUGAGACGACA